CCCAAUUAAUCAAGCAAAGUGUUCCAAUAGGAAUCGCAUCCGACUCUCCGUGGAAGGAGCCAGCACAGGCACCGCACAGCGUGGGAACGGAAAAGGAAAGCUGACGAAAAGAGCCGGCCGUCCCCUCUUUCGCCCUUCCCCACAGUCCCUCCCUGCUCGAAUGCUUCCAGCUCCUCUUCUUCUACUAGUUCUACACUUCUACUUCUCCCCCCACUCCCGUCUCGAUUCCCGAUCCAUAAGCCAUAGCCCAUCCCCCUCUCCCCGCUGGGUACCACUGCUCCAGUGGCUAGGCGCGAGCUUGGUUGCUGCUGGGUGAGAGAUGAAGGCCGUGGAGCGCGCCAAGCUGGUCCGGAGCCUCCGGCAGGAGUCGCGGCGGCUGCGCCUCCUCGUGCUCGUCAUCGGCUUCUUCCUCGUCACCCUCACCUUCGUCGUCGUCUCCAAGCCCGACGCCCUCCUCUUCAACUUGAACGGCCGCCUCUCGGUCGACCAGGCGCCGCGCUCGCUCCUGAUCCGCCAGAGGGUCGACGCCGCCACCGACCCACAGAGAUCCGCCGGCCAGGAUCCCAAGGUGCUGGACGACGACGCCGACCAAGGGACCAGUGUGGACGAGAAGAGGGAGCUCACUGGUGAGCCCGAGCAAGGCGAAAAGGAGCAGCAGGAGGCCACUGCAUCCGAGUUAGUAGGUGGUGGAGGUCGUGAGGCGAACAAGGGCCAGGAGGGGCACCAAAAAUAUCACAAAGUGACACUCCCAACGGUUUCUAACUAUACCAUCCAUGACGCUGAGGACAGCCACAAUGUCAAGGAAGAAGAUAGCAAAACAGAAGAGGUACAAACCAAGCUUGAAGCACCCGUGGACAAUAGUGAUGGCAGAUCUCGACAACCAGCUUGGGAUAAUGUGGAGUGGGAGAGGAAACCGCUGUGUGAUUUCUCAAACUUCAGAGCUAAUGUGUGUGAGAUGCGAGGCAAUAUUAAGAUUCACCCGAAUGCAAGUUCCGUCAUGUACAUGGAACCUGCCGGUUCAAAGAGAGACGAGCAAUGGAAAAUCAAGCCCUACCCUCGUAAAGGUGAUGAACUCUGCCUCAGCCAUAUUACAGAGCUGACUGUGAAAUCAAGCAAAGUGGCACCUGAGUGUACCAAGUACCACAAUGUGCCUGCUGUGGUCUUUGCUCUGACAGGAUACACUGGAAAUCUGUUCCAUGACUUCACUGAUGUGCUUGUCCCCCUUUUCACGACUGCAAGCGAGUUCAAUGGUGAGGUUCAGUUCCUAAUCACAGACAUGGCUAUUUGGUGGACAAGGAAGUACCAUGUGGUGUUUGAGAAGCUAUCCAAGUACCCCUUGAUUGAUUUCAACAAGGAUGAUCAAGUGCAUUGCUUCAACCAUGCCAUUGUUGGCCUUCAUGCUUACAUGGAGUUUACAAUUGACUCGUCAAAGGCUCCCCAUAAUUAUUCUAUGGUGGAUUUUAACAGAUUCAUGCGCCAGACCUAUUCAUUGCCUAGGGAUGCAGUCUCAGCACUUGGUGAAAUCCCCAAAACCAAACCGAGACUGCUUAUUAUCUCAAGGCAGAGGACAAGAAUGUUCCUUAAUCUCCAGGAGGUCGUCGCAAUGGCUGAGGAGUUGGGUUUCGAGGUUGUGGUUGAAGAAGCCAAUGUGAGCUCUGACCUUUCCCAUUUCUCCAAGGCAGUUAACUCCGUCGAUGUGAUGAUGGGUGUCCAUGGUGCUGGGCUUACAAACUGUGUGUUCUUGCCACAUAAUGCCACGUUAAUUCAGAUCGUGCCAUGGGGUGGCCUAGAAGGUGUAUGCCGAAUUGAUUUCGGCGACCCAUCGGAGCAAAUGGGACUACGGUACAAGCAGUACAGCAUCAGCGUGCACGAGAGCAGUCUCACCGACCAAUACCCCCUGGAUCAUGAGAUUUUCAAGAACCCGCUCGCAUUCCACAAGGGAUUUGAAUUCAUCAGGCAGACCUUCAUGGAUAAGCAGAAUGUCAGGCUUGAUUGCAACCGGUUCAGGCCGAUACUGUUGGAGACCCUUGAUCAACUAAACCAAUAAAGGCCGCUCAUUUGUCAUUGAGGCGUUGUAUGAGAUGGUUUUUACAGAUUUUUUUUUUGUUUCACAAUUCUUCUCUUCUCUAGUAAAUUUGUUGGUCAUCUUCUGAUUACAUGAGCAUUCUAUAAAGUUAUCUGUCUAAAAUGUAGGUCAUCACAUGGAUUGAAACUCGGAUGUCCAUGAUUUGUCACUUAGACCAUAUUUCUUGACUGGAAAUAGAAAAAUAAUACUUUUUUUUGGUAAA